AUGGAUAUUUUUAAUUUAAUCAAUCUUACAAACGGGACGAAUGAAGAUCAUUCAUCUCGACAGUUACGAAGAGAGAGAGUAAUGAGAGAUCGGAAUAAUCCUAUAGAAAUUUAUUCCGAGGGCGAAUUUCGAACUCGGUAUAGAUUUUCUAAAUCUGGAUUCGUUCAUAUAUUAAAUCGUGUUGGCGACGAAAUUAGGCAUCUGGAUGGAAGAGGAUUACCAUUAACUGCCGAACAACAGUUAUUAACGGCAUUACGAUUUUAUGCCACCGGAAGCUACCAGAGGGUAGCUGGUGAUCUUAUCGGAGUUCACGUCUCUACUGUAUGCAGUAUAAAAGACUGUGAUAAAGAAUUUGAUAUAUAUAAAGAAUAUAAAGGAAUUGCUUUUUGCCCUUGA